UUAGUGCUAGGAUAAGGGUAUGGCAUAGGGAUAGCGGUAGUUAGUUGAAAUGUUGACAGUUAUUGAAUAUCUACAAAUCAUUUACUUGGGACUAUCCAAAGUGUUACCAAAUUCCAUUCUAAAACCUGCAUAAUGGCAUUCUGCAGAUAUGGGACAUAAAGAAUUCCAUCUCUAUGCGACCGAGAGGGUCACAAUGCCGACGGUUCAAAUCGAACUCCAGAACCCAAGAGAUAUGUUCAGAACUCUCAAAAAAUCUUCAGUUCUUGAUCGACAAACAACGAGAGAUACAGCAUUAUUAUGGCGAGCUUUUCAUUCAUCUUCCCUGAAGACAGACAUUGUUCCAUUAAGGACAACGACGUUAACUCAGGGUGGAUGUCAAUGGUGACCCAGCUCAACGCCCUUGGCGGUCCAGAGUCAGAGAGUCAGAAGUUCCGUCAGAGCUUUGCAGAGGAACUUGGUGACAAGUACCACUACGCGAAUGCCAUUGACAGCUCUCUGCUCUGGAAUGUUGGGUACACCCCCUACAUUCCCCAAGCUCUGAAAGGAAGAAGCUUCCCCUCUGUCGAGAGCUUCUUCCUGGAUGAGUGGGAGCCACUGACACUCCUGCAGACUCCUCAGGUUCUGUCCACCAGUGUUUCCAUCGAGGAAGACAACCUGAUCCAAUCUGAUACAGGCCUAGUGUCUCAGGUUCUGUCCACCAGUGUUGCUAUCGUGGAGAAUGACCUGAUCCAGUCUGCUGCAGGCCUAGUGUCUCAGGUUCUGUCCACCAGUGUUUCCAUCGAGGAAGACAACCUGAUCCAGUCUGCUGCAGUCCUAGUGUCUCAGGUUCUGUCCACCAGUGUUUCCAUCGAGGAAGACCACCUGAUCCAGUAUGAUGGAAGCCUUGUGUCUCAGGUUCUGUCCACCAGUGUUUCCAUCGAGGAAGACCACCUGAUCCAGUAUGAUGGAAGCCUUGUGUCUCAGGUUCUGUCCACCAGUGUUGCCAUCGUGGAGAAUGACCUGAUCCAGUCUACUGCAGUCCUAGUAUCUCAGGUUCUGUCUACCAGUGUUGCCAUUGUGGAAAACGACCUGAUCCAGUCUGCUGCAGUCCUAGUAUCUCAGGUUCUGUCUACCAGUGUUGCCAUCGUGGAGAAUGACCUGAUCCAGUCUGCUGCAGUCCUAGUAUCUCAGGUUCUGUCUACCAGUGUUGCCAUUGUGGAAAACGACCUGAUCCAAUCUGCUACAAACCUAAUGUCUCAGCAUAAUGACUCCACACUGAGAGACUCCAACCAACCUGAGAUCCACGUGGCUGAGGUCUCAACCAAGAGAAGUAGACUAGUCAUCACUAUUUCUAUGUUUUCAACCAAGAGUUGCCUUGUUGCUUUACAUGAAGUUGAUGCUAGUGCUACAAGCCUGGAGCAAUCUGCUGAGAAAAUGUCUACCUCUACUACUGAUGUCAACAACAUCUCAACUGCUGCUGCCAAGAAGAAGAGGUGUGGAUUAUUCUCAUCUCUCUGGAGAGCUCUCAGGGGGAAGAACAAGAAGCCUGUUAAAGUGGCUUCCAAGAAAGAGGACGAAAUCAACAAGGAUGUGAGCAGCCUCACCCACCACAACACUACACAGGGAGAUCACUGAUGCAGGCACACCCACCACAACACUACACAGGGAGAUCACUGAUGCAGGCACACCCACCACAACACUACACAGGGAGAUCACUGAUGCAGGCACACCCACCACAACACUACACAGGGAGAUCACUGAUGCAGGCACACCCACCACAACACUACACAGGGAGAUCACUGAUGCAGGCACACCCUCCACAACACUACACAGGGAGAUCACUGAUGCAGGCACACCCACCACAACACUACACAGGGAGAUCACUGAUGCAGGCACACCCACCACAACACUACACAGGGAGAUCACUGAUGCAGGCACACCCACCACAACACUACACAGGGAGAUCACUGAUGCAGGCACACCCACCACAACACUACACAGGGAGAUCACUGAUGCAGGCACACCCACCACAACACUACACAGGGAGAUCACUGAUGCAGCCUCACCCACCACAACACUACACAGGGAGAUCACUGAUGCAGGCACACCCACCACAACACUACACAGGGAGAUCACUGAUGCAGGCACACCCACCACAACACUACACAGGGAGAUCACUGAUGCAGGCACACCCACCACAACACUACACAGGGAGAUCACUGAUGCAGGCACACCCACAACGGUGUUCCUAUGUUUUAUCACACUUUGUCUUCAUCCCCAAUCCCUUUCCCCCACCUCGCCCGUUUUAUCUUCAGUAAACCUUUUGUCAUUGCA